UUGACGGAUCCGCUCCUUCACUAUCCGCCAUCAUAAUGAUGACGAUGAUGGAGUCCUUCAUUGACCCAAUUCCCCUUCGCUCACGAAUCUGUUCAAUCCCAACGCAUCGUUCUCUUCCUCCCUAAUCGUCAGCCAUGUCAACAAAGUCUGUCCCCGUCCUCACUCUCGAGGGUGCCCGCACAGCAGUCUCCGCUGCCGAAAAGCGCGCGAAAGAGAUUGGCGUACCCAUGAAUAUCGCAAUCGUCGACGCAGCAUGCCAUCUACUGGCUUUCGUACGCAUGGAAGGUGCGAAGCUCACCUCGAUCAACAUCGCCAUCGACAAAGCCUUUACGGCCGCGGGCCACCGAGCGCCGACGAGCACCUACAAGGAGAAUGUAUGGCCGGGCGGCCCUGCCUUCGGAAUCUGGAACAGCAAUGGCGGGAGGUUCACGCCUAUUGCCGGCGGCAUUCCCAUAAUGAAAGAUGGAGUGGUGGUGGGCGCUGUAGGAUGCAGCACCGGCAUGCCGUCGCAGGAUGAGGACGUCGCGAAGAGCGGGGUUGAGGCCGUGGAGAAGACAAUCGGACUGAAGGCGAAACUGUAGACUCCGAGCGCAUGCCAUAGGACGAUAACCAGUAGGAGUCGGAAUGGACAUUCAUUGAGGGAGGUUGCGAGGGAUAAAUUCCGUUGAUAAUACGUCGGAAGAGAGCGGCCGGGGUCUGAGUUUGGUUGCAAGCAGCUUCGAUACCAAUUGACCAUCUUCGAUGCUUGUCUGAGGCUCCUCUAGCGAUCCUGAUCUACCUCUGGCUAUUGGUUAAGGCCUACUGCUCAACUAUGCCUUCUCCGCAUUGACAGGCCUCAUGCCAAAUCAGGUCAGCUUCCUACCGUCCUUCUAGUCCUCGGCAUCUUUCCGAACUCUUACUCUCCCGUCAAGCUAUUUCCUGAGUCUUGUUCGGUUGUUGCAUCGGGAGGAUUUCUGGGGUG